AUGCUCAAGCAAAUGGCGAAAACGACCAUGCCGUCGGCCCUCAAGUUUGAGCUUACAGCCCGCUGCUCUACCACAAGAGCCCGAGCUUCGAUCCUACAGCUCCCCCACGGCACAGUCCAGACACCGCUAUUCAUGCCCGUCGCAACCCAGGGCUCGCUGAAGGGCCUGACCCCGGAGCAGCUGGAAGCUACGGGAUGUCGCCUCUGCCUGAAUAACACCUACCACCUCGGCCUCCGUCCCGGACAGGAGGUGCUCGAUACCAUCAAGGGUGCGCACGCGCUGCAGUCAUGGCCCCAUAAUAUCCUCACUGCGGCGGGUUUCGCUCCCCUCCCUGAGAAGUGCACGUUCCAAAUGGUGUCUCUCCUCGACCUGGCCACCGUCACCGAACGCGGCGUCGAGUUCCUCUCCCCGCACGACGGCACGCCCAUGCUCCUAACUCCCGAGCACUCCAUCGCGCUACAGCACAGCAUCGGCUCCGACAUCAUCAUGCAGCUCGACGACGUGAUCGCCACGACGUCGGCCGACACCGCGCGUAUGCGCGAGGCCAUGCUGCGGUCUGUGCGCUGGCUGGAUAGGUGUAUUGAGGAGCAUGCGAAGCCGGAUCCAAUGGCGGCCGUAGAGGGACAGACGUAUGCGAGUAGGCAGAAUCUCUUCUGUAUCAUACAGGGAGGACUGGAUCUGGAGAUGAGGAGGGAGUGUUGUGAGGAGAUGGUGAAGAGGGGGACGCCGGGGAUUGCGAUUGGCGGGUUGAGCGGCGGGGAGGAGAAGGAGAGUUAUUGUAAAGUGGUGAAGGCGUGUACGGAGAUGCUGCCGGAAGGGAAGCCGAGAUAUGUCAUGGGCGUGAAGGGAUAUCCGGAGGACCUGAUAGUCUCCGUCGCACUGGGCGCCGACAUGUUUGACUGCGUCUGGGGCACCCGCACAGCUCGCUUCGGUAACGCCAUAACCUCCUCCGGCGUCCUCAACCUCCGCUCCUCCACCUAUGCCACCGACUUCACCCCCAUCGACCCGCACUGCCAAUGCCCCGUCUGCCGCCCCCUCGACUCACCCGCACCCCCACUCCUCAACUCAUCCAUCUGCCCCCCUUCAUACGCGUCUGAGGGCGAAACGUACACGGCCAAGGGCAUGGGAAUCACGAAGGCAUACAUCCACCAUCUUGUGGCGAAGGAAACGGUGGGAGCGCAUCUGCUCACGAUGCAUAAUGUGGCGUGGCUGCUGGCGCUGAUGGCGCGUGCGAGGGAGGCGGUGAUGGAGGAUCGGUUUCCAGCGUUUGUGAAGGGGUUCUUUGAGGACUGGUAUCAAGGUGAGAGGGAACGGUAUCCAAGCUGGGCGGUGGAGGCAUUGAGGGGGGUGGGGGUGGAUUUGUUGGAAUAG